CUCUCUCUCUCUCUCUCUCUCUCUCUCUCUAUUAUUGAGGUUCUGGGUGGAUUGCGUUACUUGGAUGUUUGAGAAAGGAGUUAGUUUAGAUUAGACAGCAGAGAAGCCGUGGAGAAACUGCGCACAGUUGAACCAUACAAGCUAAACAAAACAACCACAUAAAGAAGUGUGGCAUUAGGAAACACAAAACUAACUUUUGCAUAUUUAAAAUUUUGUGUCGUUCUUAAAGGAAUACAAAAGCUGCUUGGCGUAGUUUUUUCUGCAAACGAAGAGCACUAUUGACUGUAUUUUCCUGCUCGCUUGUAGGCAUGAACAAUAAAAGCUUCUAACAGGAGAACUCGCGCAGGAUAAACAUUUUUCUUUCGUGCAACUUUCGCCUCGCUGUGAUGCAACAGUCUGUCGCGGACGAUAAACAAAAAUCGCUUCCUUCCUGCAGCUCCUCUAUUUAGAUUUGCAGGUUAAAUCGCGGUGAUCUGUUUACUAUAAACCGAUAGAAAAAAAGACAAUCUGCAACAGCAAAAGUAACCGGGCAGCCUUUUUAGUCGCGUUAAGGGAUCUGGGGUUGUUUUAUUCCGAGCUCUGUGCAAAGUUAAAUGGAUUUCGCUUUGAGUUUCAAGUGUGAAAAAGGAGCAUUUUUUUAACCUGCCUCUCAUACUGGAGUGUAAAUACCAAUAUCCAGAAACGACCGUUUGAGUAGCCGGCUGCAUUGCUAUAGGGAACAUUGCUGUGUCGACACAGAUGGAAUUACGGCAAGCGGACGGACUCUAGGCGCAGAUCCAGACGAGCACGCCUCCACGGCGACGACAGAAAUGGAUGAUUUGAGGGCUCCCUGUCAAACCUGCUGGAUUGCGGCUCACCAGGAGCAGAGUCGCUAGGCCCCCCGGGACGCGGUCCAUGGAAGCACAUGGGAGCUGUGUAGAAGCGUGGAGCGAUAACCUGGCAUGUUGAGAAUGUGGAACGUUUCGGAUACGAGCCCCCCUGCUUCCCUGGCAGUCCCUCAGGCCGCCCCCAUGGACCUGCGAGUGGGUCAGCGGCUGGUCAAGCCCGACUCGGACACAGCCAUGCUGACCCCCGUCCCUCACCACCACCACCACCACCACCCUCUCCUCAUCGGAACCUACCCCGGCCCACCACCCUGCACACAGAUCUCCCAGCAGCAGCUGCAUCAGCACAUCAGGUUUAACAUGGAGCAGCGACGCCGGGAACAGGAGCAGGAGCAGCAAAAGGAACUGCAGCAGCUGUGGCACAAGGAGAAGAACAAACAGAGUGCCGUGGCCAGUUCUGUGGUCAAACAGAAGCUGCAGGAAGUGAUCCGCAAGAAGCAGCAGGCCGCCCUGGAGCGUACCAACUCCAACCCGCUGAGCGGCACCCCCGUGGCGUACAGGGCUCUGGCUCCAGACCCUGAGGUCCCCCCUCCCUCGUUGAUGGUGCCCCCCCCUGCCCACCAGAGCACCGAGCCUCCAGAGGACCUCCCUCUGCGACGAACAGCGUCGGAGCCCAAUCUGAAGGUGAAAAACAAACUGAAGAAGCACCUGGGAGCGAGGAAGAGCCCCCUGACCCGCAAGGAGAGCGCCCCAGCGACUCUGAAACAGAGAGCCCCCGACACCAUGGAUUCUUCCCCCAGCAGCAGCAGCACUCCAGUAUCGGGAUGUAGCUCCCCCAACGACAGCAUUCCCACAGAGAACGGAACCCUGCCCCUCAGCACGGGGGUCCCACACGAGCGUAUCUUGUUCCAGGAUGGCAGCCUGGCUCAGUUUGCCCUGGCAAACCCCUCCGCCCUGCCCACCAUCACCUUGGGACUGCCAGCCAACACCAAGGGCGACUCUGACCCCUCGGGUCUGGGCUCUCUGAAGCCGGGCCGGUUCUCUGUCCUGAGCGGGCCGGUCCUGGCCGGGGCUGCCCCGCAUGUGUACCUCCCCGUGGGGCUGGACGAGAACGGGGCUCCCAUGGUCAUCCUGGAGCCCAGCGGCCUGGUGCACACGCCCCUGCUGUCAGUUCCAGGGCUGGGGGCGGUCCCGCUGCAGUAUGCCCCCCCGAUGGGGCCCCACAAGCCGCUGAGCCGCACGCGCUCAGAGCCGCUACCCCAGACCCCCCGAUCUCUACAGCAGCACCUCCUGCAACAGGGCCAGCACAGCCAGCUCCUGGAGAGGCUGAAGCAGCAGACACACCUCGGAAAGCUCAUGUCCAAGUCCAGCGAGAAGCCUCGUCUGCGGCAGAUCCCCUCGGAGGACAUGGACUCGGAGGAGUGCUGGCCGGGCGACGCCCCCACGAGAGCGAGGGCGGAGUCACUGCGGGAGGCGGAGUCAGGAGGGGGCGAGGCCAGAGAGGAGAGGGGCGAGAGGGAUCCGCAGCAGAUCUACCUACAGCAGCAGGAGGAGCUCAUCCUUCACCAGCAGUCCUAUCUCUGGGAGCAGCAGAAGCAGCUGCAGGCUCUGCGCAGACACACGGCUCAGAUGGAGACACUGGCUGUUCCCAUGGUGCUCAGCCCUCACCGCCCGCUGUCCCGCGCCCAGUCCUCGCCCGCUGCUGCCGCCGCCGUGUCACUUCCGGACAAGAGCAUCGCGCUUCCUGCACAGGACACGCCCACCAAGCCUCGCUUCACUACAGGCCUCGUGUACGACUCUCAGAUGCUGAAGCACCAGUGCACAUGCGGAGACAACAGCACGCACCCAGAGCAUGCUGGGAGAAUCCAGAGCAUCUGGUCACGUCUGCAGGAGAGGGGGCUGAGGACCCGGUGCGAGAGUAUCCGGGGCAGGAAGGCCACGCUGGAGGAGCUGCAGUCCGUGCACUCUGAGCGCCACGUCCUCCUGUACGGCACCAACCCGCUCAACCGCCUCAAACUGGACAACCGCAAGCUGGCCGGAAUCUUGUCUCAGCGGAUGUUUGUGAUGUUGCCAUGUGGAGGGGUUGGGGUUGACAACGACACGAUCUGGAACGAGAUGCACACGUCAGCAGCUGCACGCUUAGCAGCGGGGAGUGUGACCGAACUGGCCUUCAGAGUGGCCAAGGGGGAGCUCAAGAACGGUUUUGCGAUCGUGAGACCCCCCGGCCACCACGCUGACUCUUCAAAUGCAAUGGGGUUCUGCUUCUUCAAUUCGGUUGCCAUCGCAGCCAGGCAGCUCCAGCAGAGACUGAAUGCCAGCAAGAUUCUCAUUGUGGACUGGGAUGUUCACCAUGGCAACGGAACCCAGGAAGUGUUCUACAGCGACCCCAGCGUUCUGUACAUCUCCCUCCAUCGCUACGACGACGGGAACUUCUUCCCAGGCAGCGGGGGUCCGAGCGAGGUUGGGACGGGGCCCGGGACAGGUUUCAAUGUGAAUGUUGCAUGGACUGGCGGAUUUGACCCCCCCAUGGGAGAUGCAGAAUACCUGGCUGCGUUCAGGACCGUGGUGAUGCCCAUUGCCCAGGAGUUCUCCCCCGACGUGGUGCUAGUCUCCUCGGGGUUUGACGCUGCAGACGGACACCCCCCUCCACUCGGGGGGUAUAAGGUGUCGGCCAAAUGUUUCGGGUUCCUGACCCGGCAGCUCAUGGGGCUGGCGGGGGGGCGGCUGGUCCUGGCGCUGGAGGGGGGGCACGACCUGACUGCGAUCUGCGACGCGUCGGAGGCCUGCGUGAGCGCGCUGCUCGGGAACGAGAUGGAGCCGCUCUCCGAGGACGUGCUCCGGAGGAGACCCAGCGCCAACGGGACACGAUCCCUGGAGACAGUGCUGCAAGUUCAGAGUAAAUACUGGAAGUCUGUCCAGCGCUUCGGCCCCACGGCGGGAUACUCGGUCCUGGAGGCUCAGAAACACGACCAGGAGGAGACGGACACGGUCACUGCGCUCGCCUCCCUGUCCGUGGGGGUCACUCCUGGGGUCACCACAGACAAGAGGCUUCAAGAUGAACCCAUGGAUGAGCAGGACUCCCUCUAGAGCACAGCGACCUGUGACCUACGAAUCCCCCCACCCCACCCCACUCCCCGGUGCUGGGAUCCUCUCCACUAAACAGGACAGCGAACACGGCCUGCACGCCCACAGUGCCUCCACUGCUCCCCUUCCUUCCACCGGAGUGAUGACCUCGCCCCUCCGGGAACCUGCCUCGCCUUUCCAGGACCAAAGAAAACAUUCCUGCUUUUUAUAAGAAAAAAGAAAAAACAGGAAAGCCUUGGAUCAGGAGAUCACCUCGAAUCUCUGGUGGCAUCACAAACCUCAAUUACUUUUCUUAAAGAAACAGGGUGUACAAUGAUGUCAAAGAACCUUUUUUUAAAUGAAAGCACAUUCCUCUACCUGAUAAACAGAGAUGCUGAAGCAGCGAGACUUCUCGUUUUCUUACCUUUUAUCGUCUUAGCGAAGCGGACGUCUGUGCGGACAAUCCUCCAGAUUCCAGCCAGUCUUCAAUGAACCUCGAUCCCCUCCUGCCUUGUUAUUGAUCACCCCCCCGGCCACGGACUGGACGGCAUUCGUUUUGCCUUGUAUAGCGCCACAUAGCGGUCAUAAAUGGAUCUAACACUUUUAGUGAAGUUUGCUACGAUAUAGGUGGGUAGAAAAUUGGUUUAGUUUUUGACCAACCUUUUUGAUCACUUUUUUUUUUUUUUUUACUGUGGAUUUUUGUUUUAUUAUUAAAACCACUAAAAACAAAAACGAACACAAGAAGAAAAUAAAA